AUUUUUAUUUAAAAAUCAAAAAUAUGCAAUAAAAAGAAAUUCAAUAAUUACCCCCACAAGCUACCCCAUAGUAAAUGAAGACCAUAAUUUUCAUAGAAAAUUUAGACCAGGUAUGAAUGUAUUUAGUAAAAUUAUUAGGGAAUAUCAGAGGAUUAUCUCUAUCGUAAAUUUAAGGAAGUAGGUGAAAUCCAAAGCUUAAAGAUUACAAAAGACAAGACUACAUAGAAAUCAAAAGGACAAGCCUUCAUAACUUUUGCUCAUCCAGACUCUGCGGAAGAAGCAAGAAAGAAAUUUAAUAAUUAAGUGUUCAUUAGAAAUAUCAUAAGAGUGAAACCAUACUUCAAUUAUCAUAUUGCUGAUAAAAAAGCCAACAUCUUCAUUAACAAUCUCCCAGAAGAUGCAGAUAUUUUGGAAUUAGAGUAAGAAUUUUCUAGAUUUGGUACUGUGUUAUCGGUUGAUAUUCACAGAGAUGUUUAAGGAAAGCAAUUAAAGUAAAUAAUAUAAUUAAUAAUAUUUUAGUUAUGGAUAUGUUCAAUUUGAGAAGAAAGAAGAUGCUGACAACUUAAUAAAGAGAAUAGCAAAUCAUCCAAUAACUCAUAAAGGGAAAUUAUUAAAGUUAGAAUAAUUCAAAGCAUAAUCAGAAAGAAAAGUUGAAUCAAGUUCAAUCUAUUUAAGAGCUUUUGCUAAGCCUCUUCCAUAGAAAUAUUGGGAAUAAGAUAAGGUAGUCAGAGCUAUAGAAUAUGCUUGGUCUUUAAUAAUAAAAGAUUAUUUAUCCAGAUAAGGUGAUUAAGUUAAAGAUUGUUUUGUUAAGAUUGAUUAACAUACAAGAUAACCUUGGACAAUGAUAUCAUUUGAAACAUCAGAAUAAGCUAAAUAUAAUUUAGAUAUUUGUGAAUAAUAAAGAAAACAUCCAUGUAUAAAUUCAGGUGCACAUCAUGCAUUGGAAUUAAUAAUUAAACAUGGACCACCUGUUAAUAGUGAUGCAAGUGAAGCUUUUACUAUUGCUGAAAUUACUUAAGCAUUUAAAGAAAUGGCUUAGGAUCAUAAUGAUACAUUUAAAGGUGAAAGUGAAAACUUCUUUUAUAAUAUGGUAUAUAGUAAACAUCUGAAUCCAGAUGAUAGAUUGAUUCUUGUUUAAAAUAUUAAAGAUGAUGUUAGUAAAGAUGUUAUUUAAGAAUUCUUAUCAAGAUUUGGAAAGGUUAUUCGAUUGACAAUUAGAAAAACCAAAAAUCCUAAGUUUUAGGUUUAAUAAUGUUUUGUUCAUUAUUAAACAUUAGAAGAUUCAAAGAGAGCAAGAUCAGAAAUCUAUGAUGAAAAUAAUGAAGAAAUUUCUAAAAAAAAGAAGGAAAUCUUUAAAGAUGGUCAUGUAAUGAUGAAUAUCUUAUUAUCUAAAACUAUGAGAAAAGAAUUCAAAGAAGUUAAAAAAUAGAGUUAAAGCAUUUUCUAAAAUCCAGGAGGUAGAUAAUUAUUAUAACCACCCUUUGGUGGACCAUUACCUAUGAUGCCUCCAUAAAUGCCAUUUCCACCUGGAUAAGGAAUGAGACAAAUGCCUAUAAGAGGAGGUAGAGGUCCUUUUCCAAACAUCAGAAAUUAAGUAGCAAGACCUAUUCCAAUCAAUAAAUAAAUUAUUUAACCACCACCUAAAGUAGUCUAAACUUAGAGUUAUACAUAAGAAUUCUCUGAUUAUACUUUAGUAUAAAGUAGAAUGGAAGAAUUUUUGAAGAUUCCUGUUGUUGAUUAAAGAAAUGUUCUUGGUAAUCUAUUAUUCCAAAAAGUCUUCGAUGUUGUUAAAGAUAAAGAGUCAACCAAAAAAGUUGUUGGUAAAAUCUAACAUUCUAUUAUUUAGGUAUGCUCAUUGAUCCAUCACAAUUUGAAAUUGGUGAUAUUUUGAAUAUGUUUGAAGACAGUUAAGAACUUCAAACUUAUAUUGACGAUGGUCUUUCAUUGAUUAAAGAUGAAACUCAAAAAUGAGUUAUUAUUAUUGAAUUAUGUACAAAAAAAUAAAAUAAAAUAAAC